GUGAGACGUUUCCAAGAAGGGUUACUACCAGCAAUCCGUCAUCACGUAGCUGGACACUGUAUUCAGACUUAUGCUGAUAUAGUUGUCAAGGCUCAAGAAGUAGAUGCAUGUUUCCGAAGAGGUGAUGGCCAAGUCCAAGUGCAGCCACUCGCUCAGGUUCCAGCAAUUUCCUCAGUGCAGCCAAUGCCUGUUCAGCAGGCAAAGAGUACAAACAAAAGAAAGUGGAAAGGCCCUCAGAACGAUCAGAAUAAUAAACAUAAACAGCCAGGUCAAGCUAACCGACCACAACUUCCAGCAUGUGGUACCUGUGGACGUCCUCAUCGAGGAGAAUGUCUCGCAGGCCGAACAUUUGCUAUCACUGUCGCAAGCCUGGACAUAUUACCAAGGAUUUUGACGACAACAGAAGUCGUUGCUCAAUUCUGUGGAUACAAUCCUGAGAUAUUCUCAGGACAAGGAGAUCCUCGUCUGGUUGAGGAAUGGAAUCAGGGUCUUGAAUCUAUUUUGGAGAUCACAGAAUGUACAGAUAGGCAUCGUAUUCUCUGUGCUCAAUUGCAGAUGACUGGAGAUGCUAGAUUAUGGUGGAACUCCUACUGGGGCAUGCGUCCUGGGGAGAAGGAGAAUCUUACCUGGACUCAGUUCAAGGAGAUUCUGGAGGAGAAAUACUAUCCAACUCAUUAUCGUGCUGAGAUGGAACGCCAAUUUUUGGCGUUAGUUCAAGGCAGCUGUUCAGUUGGCGAAAAAG